AUGGGCUUCUUCUCUCACGCGGCAAUGCUCGGAAUCGGAUAUUGGAUCGGAAAGUCGUAUUGUUUCCGCUACAAGGUCAGUCUGGAUUACUGUAGUUUUUUGAGGGGAAGGGGCUAAUAUAUCAUAGAGAACAUUGCAAAUUGAAGAUUUAGUUGAAAUUUCAAUUACUUUCGCUUCAAUUUCAAAACUGUAAGCAAAAAGUUAAUUUUUUGCAGGUAACCCAAUUGCCGAACGAGCCGGAUUCGUCUGAAAUUCUGUUGAGAGUGGAGCGAAAAGAGGGCGCUCCGUUUUGGGCAUCCACGUGGAAUCAUCAUCAUUACUGUCACGCGCGGCCCGCAGUAUUCCAAGAGAUUCAGCCACUAAAGCCGAAAAAUCCAGAACUGCUGGAGGUGAAAUCGGAUUAA